UUUCCGCUUACUGCCAACGCGUCCGGUCCCUCGCAAAGCGAACACAACAGCAAGCAAGGGCUCGUUUUUUGAUCGCACAACACCUGCACUCGCAGCAUCCCGAUCGUCCCCCCGCCUACAUUCCUCACCAGCAAACAAGCCCCACGCAAGGGUCAACCCCGUCCUCAACCAACCCUCGCAUCUACACCACAGCUCGCCCUGUCAUCCUCACUUUCUCCCCAUCCAACUUCAGCUGCGGCACACUCACAGCCUCUAUCCGGCAUGCUCGGUCCUGGUCCUGGCCCUGCGCCUACGCCUUCGCUGACACUCCCUCCCCUCAGGGAGCUGGACAAGUCUCUUGGACCUGAAUCUGAUCAUGGCCGCUUUCCUACUCACCAUGCUGCCCCUCAAGGCCAGCCUCGGACACAGUCAUCUGAUCCUCAUCUUCAUCAACACUUUCAUCAGCAACGACCUCACACACAAACACCACCGUAUUCUCAACCGUCCUCUCAGCAUGGUUACCCGAGCCAUGACCAGAUUAGCCGCUAUUCUUCCUCUUCAUCCGGAUCGCUACCAGAUUCGGCUCCUUCAACAACGACAAGCUCGAGUCUCUCGAGGGCUGACUCGCUAUCAACCAUGGAGUACCUGCAGUCCAACUCCCACGCACAGGGGGGUCCUCCUCAUCGACGCGCCAGUCCCGAUGCAAACGCGUCUGCAAACGCGUCUGCAGUCCAGGGCGCGACAAAUGCAGCCAAUCAGCAGUUAGAUUCAGAAUCCAAGACCACAGCCGCCACGGCAGGAACGACCUCUGACGCGAAAGAUACCAGCAGCAAAUCCACCGCAGAGCAAGGGCGCAACUCAAGUAAGCGCGCGGCCCAAAACCGAGCUGCUCAAAGAGCAUUCCGUCAGCGAAAAGAUCUCUAUGUCCGGGAGCUAGAACGUAAGGCCGAGUUGUUGCAGGUCGCUGAGAGCCAACUGAUCACCUUAGCCGCACGUAAUCGCGAGCUGGAGGCCAUGUUUGCAGCUCAACAGCAGAAGCAACAUCAUAUGUCGUCGUCGCCCUUACCGUCGCCGCUUCCGCAACACGAUCCCCAUGGCUCGGGGCCGACAGGGACUACAGGACCGAUGGGACGCGGAAGCGAAUGGGAUCGGGAACGAGAAUGGGCUCGGGAGAGGGCUCCCUUUGAGAAUAGCGGACCUUACGAUCACUUUCACUCGCCCUCAUCGCCCAUGCGGCCGGCUAUCGGACGCCAUUCUUCAGCCCAGCAUCUGCGACAGGCCUACAGCGCAUCGUCGCCACCACUCUCGAAUGGCUCGUCCUAUAAGCACCUGUCACUGAACAGCAAGCUGUCGAUGCACUUUCAGCAACAGCGACCAGACUCUGACCAUGAAAUCGAGAUGCAAGGCCGGCCUCUCCGUCACCUUCACCGCCAUCCAUCCGAGUCCUCACUGAACCUAAGCCGGAUAGGCUCUUUUCCAACACACGUCACCAAUGAUACUAAGGAGGAGGACUACGGAGUCGCAUCGCGCAUCCAUAGCUUCCGCAGCCCAAUGGAUUCUCGUGGAGUCGAGAUGUCGUCCCCGUCGUCCAGCAAUAAGUCCCCGAUGUCGGGCCCUCACGAUACCACGAUGCAUCACUAUCCAAGUUCCCCGCUUUCCCCGACUCAUGAGCGGAUGCCUCUCUAUACCACAGCCCCGAAUCCUCGAUCGGCCGGCGGCACCAGUUCCGGAUCCAUCCCGUCGCCUACCAUGGCCGGACAUGGCGAAUUACCUUUCGGACCUUCGUCCUCGUCUGCUUCGUCGCCGUAUGAUCUGAACAAGAAGCGGCCCAGUGAUGGAACCGUCAGCUGGAGUGGAGGCACCGCAGAUCUCUACAGGAACGCACAGGACGGGCUUGCACACCCGUACUAUCAUGCGGUCAAGAAACAAUCCAGCUGGAGCUCACUCUCUGAACAACGACGACUCCAUGCUGUGAAGAAGCAACCGAGUUGGGGAUCGAUCUCUGAACAUCGGCAUCAUUGGCGGACCAAGACCGAAAGCCCCGAAAUGAUGUCUGCGGACGUACGGUUCGGUGGAAGCGCUCCAGCCCUGCCCAGGAUUCCGGCACAGUUUUCUCAACAGCAACAAUCACAGCAACAACCACAGCAACAACAGCAACAACAGCAGAGGCCGCCACCACCGCAGCAGCAACAUAGUUUUGAGCGCGAGUAUCCAUCCUCACCAGCACCCUUUUCGUACUCACCCACGGCCUCCCAUGCACAGCAGCAGCAGCAGCAAGGACAGCAUGCAAGGCAGUCUUCGGAUUACUACAGCCAGGCAAGACCGCCAGCACCUCCUUCGUCAUCGUCGUAUGAUGGACAUGGGCCUUCGGACAUGGAAAUCGUUCAAGAGGGUACUCCGGUCCCUAGUGGCAAUAAUGGUGCAUACGGACACCAAGGGGGUCAUGAAGCGGAACCGUAUGAAGCUGAGCGGGAACGGGAGGAGCGGUACGGAAGGCCGGAUCAGCAUUCGCCCUGAACGAGAUGUCCCUUUUAAGAAGGCGAUUGUUGACGUCUGUGGGGAAUGUAUGAGGAUAAGGCGAUUUCUAGUGGAAGGAACGUCAAGUGCUGGUCAGUGCUUUGAAAGCAUACGAGGGGAUGAAGAGGGGAAGAAGGCGCGAUAUAAUUGUAAAAUAUAAUAAUCUCAAAAAGCGACAUUUUAAUAAAUAAACAUCCAGCUUGUGUUUCCCUUGAGCUCUUUGUCUGCUCUUUGUCUACUCUGGAAGAAUACUGCUUUUCUAAUCAGUUGAAC